AUGUUGAAGCCUUUCCAGAUCAGAAACCUCAGGGUGUCUAAGCGGGAGCUUGCAGACUCUUGUCCUUCUUCUGGGGUCGUCCAGAUCUCAUCUACCGAUUAUGAUGAUUUGGCGACUACUCACCCACGCGCCAGGUUGACCUACACCGAUGAGGAUGAAGAUGAAGAUGAUGAAACUAUUACAGUCGGGUCUGGUCUUGAGCUCUCUCAGCGCCUUGAAGAGCCUCCAGAGAUCGGCACGCGGCUCGAAUCCAUCCAAUUAUCCCAUGACGCCACUCCGAUGCACAUAUUUGACAUUCGUCGUUCGAACUCUGUUUCAGAGCUCUGGAAGCGAUACGAGUGCGAGAAAAAAGAACAAUGCUCUUCUGAGGAUGUGAAAAGCGAUGCGCCAGUUGCACCCCAGGCUGUUAUUCAUGAAAACGAAGUCCCUGCCGCUACUGGUCCAACCUCGCCACCGACAUCCCAAGGAGAAUCCCGGUCUUUGAUGGAAGCCUUCGAGGUAGAGCUAGCAGGCAUUCUCAACGCUGCUGAGCUCUCAGGUGCCAGAGAAUCUCAACCAGAACCACAGCCUGCCGAACCAUCAGCCAGUACAUCAUCGGAACGGCCCACUCAUCCCGUUGAGGUCCUGGCAGCCCAGGUGCUCGACCAGCUGAUCAAUGGAGCCACCAUGGUUCAGUCUGAAUGGAGGGCACGACUGCCAGAAUUGCAGCGUCAGCUACAUAAUGCACAAAGACAAUUUGAAACUGCACAGAGAUCCCUCCCUGCAAAUGUCGAAGCAUCAUUGCGCACACUACUCAACACCCUUGAGGCUCAACUGAGAGCUGCUUUUAAUAAUAUACCUGAUGGUGGGAGACAAUUCGCAGAAGAUGCGUUCCAGAGGGGAAGACCUGUUGCGGAGAAUGCCGCUGACGGGCUGCGCAUGAUGGCCUCAGAACUGAACGAGGUCGGAAGAACACUGUUCGCCGCGUUUGAAAACGAGUUCGGGCGCGCUGGCCCCGCUCCCCCUUCCACAUCUGGAGCACCAAGCUCUGGUGUACCUGGGACAUCUGAUAUCAAUGCUAAUGCUGCAGAAAAUAGGCCUGCUUCGUCAGGGCCUAUCUAUCCCCAGGUUCCAGAAGUGCAGCAGCCCUCGCCAAUGAACGAGGAACCACCGGUUUCAGGUUCGGGUCAUUGGAGCUCUUCGGAUAUCAACGGGAGUCACCAACUUCCUCCAUCGAAUCCCCCGGCCUCUUCUCAAGGCUCAUGUGGACCUCCGCCAUCUGCUCACUACCAAUCUAUUGGGAGCACAUACACUGCCAUGCAACCUAGUCUAUAUCAUCAGUAUCUUCAUCAAAACCCUCCUCCUCCAUAUUAUCUUCCACCUUCACCGGACCUGUCUCGUCGUCCCUAUUAUCAGGUACCACUGGGACAGCCCCCUAGUUUCCCUUCCUGGCCGCAAUGGCCACCUGCGUUCCCACCGUCCAGAUCCAACGGGCCGCCUAUUUCAGGACAAGCUCCAGCCAACCUUGUAAACUCAGAAGGGUUGGAAACUAAGUCAUUGUUUAUUGGAAACGUCGGAUUCAAGGUCACUCAAAAGAUGAUUCAGGACGUGUUUGCUUCCAAGGGUUUUAUCGUCGAGGUUGACCUUCCGAUGGAUAGUGCAUCGGGACAACACGCAGGAUUUGGCUAUGUCCAUUUCCCUGGGUCUCACUCAGCAUUCGCUGCAAUGGAAGCAUUGCAAGGUGCUCUUAUCGACGGUCACGCUAUCAACCUAGAAGGCAUGCACCACCCAAACACCGAAAAGGUGCGUGCAGUCCAGAAUGGAUCCUGCGGCGGAUCGAGUGUACGCGCCUCUCGGCCAAGGCAUGAGAACAGGGCAAACCGUCGAAGAAAGUCCGUCAGCUUUUUGCAAAACCCGGCUGAUGUUGGCACUGUUUCUGGUCGGCCUCACUCUUCCGGGAAGGACGCCUCCGGGUUGCUUGACUCUCCAAGCGAUGACCCUGGGUUCAGCGCACGGUUUCCCUCGCUCCAACCAGUGAAGAAUGAACAGGCUUACGCCCUCUCGAAUGCCGAAGGAAUAUCUGUGAACCCGGAGAAGGAAAUGGAAAUACCGCGGUUCCCACCGGUGUCUCAAAUGGACGCUCUUCUUCUUACGGGUCAGCAAGAGUCCCCAAAAGUACCAUCCACCGCUGGCCGGUCAAAUGGAUCCGAAGAUCCUACUCGGGAGACUCGAUCUGCCAGCAACAAGGAUGCAGCUGGCAACAUUUUGCAAGUGAUCGAUACUGGACGACCUUUGGGCCACAACAGCUCAAAUGGCAACUCCAACACCAUGGUCGUCAUGCGCCCAGCAGCAGAUAGCAAUGAACCCUCAGACUCCUCACUGAAGCGUCGGGGAACUGAACGCCAGGAACGCCGGCCAAGUGCUCGUUCCGUGGAGAGAGAUACAUGGGCGCGGCUUUCUAGAAGAGAACGAACAAGAUCUUUCUCUCGUCAACAGGUCCCUGGUGGAUUCCCGGUCGAGGAAACGGCGCUGCCUACAGCUGACUUGAGUGACGAGCAGUCUUCAGAGGCAGUUGAACAGUGUGUAUCCGCUCUCAUCGAUAUGGGUUUCGGAACUGAGCAGGAAGGUGGACGAUCCAGGAUGGCCGUAUAUGCGGCUGCGGCCAACGGUAGCCUCCUGGAUGCGAUCGAUAUGAUUGAGGAAGAAAGAAGUGCUUAUGAACGACGCUCUUCACAUUGA